GUCACUGCCGCGGCCGACGUCACCGCCACUUGCCGCAUCCUCAAGAUAUCUCUGGUGCAGCUCGGGUGCAGGUCUCUGCGGGAGCCACCCUAGACCUCUGCAGCUUCUCCUGUUAACAUGGCCGACUCGGAAAACCAGGGACCUGCGGAGGCAAGCCAGGCGGCGGCAGCAGCGGCGGCGGCAGCGGCAGCGGAGGCGGCCGCAGCGGAGGAGGUAAUGGCGGAAGGCGGUGCGCAGGGGGGAGACUCUGACAGCGCGGCUGGCGACUCCGACAGCGCGGCUGGUCAGACGGCCGAGGAGCCCCAGACCCCAGCAGAGAAUGCACCAAAGCCGAAAAAUGACUUUAUUGAGAGCCUGCCUAAUUCGGUGAAAUGCCGAGUCCUGGCCCUUAAAAAGCUGCAGAAACGAUGCGAUAAGAUAGAAGCCAAAUUUGAUAAGGAAUUUCAGGCUCUGGAAAAAAAGUAUAACGACAUCUAUAAGCCCCUACUUGCCAAGAUCCAAGAGCUCACUGGUGAGAUGGAGGGAUGUGCAUGGACCUUAGAAGGGGAGGAGGAGGACGACGACGAGGAAGAGUACGAGGAUGAGGAGGAGGGGGAAGAGGAGGAGGAGGAGGAGGAGGAAGCUGCGGCAGAGGCUGCUGCGGAGGCGGCCGCUGCCAAAGAUGAGGGUCCCCAUUCUGCGGUGUCUGAUGACGCCAAGAAAUAAGCGGGGGCAGAGAUUCUGAAGAGAAUGACGCGAAAACAAAUACCCUAUUUCUUUUCUUUUUUUUUGAAUAUUGGUGGACUUGAAAAUAAGGCUCAGGUUUGGGGCCAAAAUACAACGAAUCAAUACUGACAUUCCUAAUAUUAAAUUGAAGCAAUCAGAUCCUGGCCAGCCCGUUUCAAAUUUGAUUUUCAUUUUGAAACAAUAAAUAUAUCAAAAGGUGUUGAGGAAAACGAGUUAAAUUUAAAAUGAGUUUUUCAUGAUCUCUUCUGUGAGGACUGCAACUGGGGCUUAGUAAGGGUGUCAAGUAGAUGUGAAGUAAAGAAUGUCACUUUGAAACCUAUUCAUCCCACAGCCAUCACACUACACACGGAACACCCAGGCCAAGACUGAACAUGUUCUCAAUGUUUAAUUCUUCAGUUUCUUUAGUCUGGACAUUUUCCAGUGCAGGAAAAGCAGAACCCAAGACUCUCAUCUUAAGACUUUGCUUUUGUAACCCAGACAUCAGCUUUACACUUGAGAGAAGAGUGAGGAAUGGAGGAAGCCUGUGAUGGAGAUCAUGACAGGACUGCUUAAUGAGGCCUGGAAAACUGCCACUUCAAAUUCUAAAGAAUGUUCUGAAUAUUUGAAUUUAGAGAAACAACAUGGUUCUGAGAAGGAGGGUGUAUAACCUGUAUAAUAUUGUCAACAUACGUGUUUGUUAUUUACAGUCUCAUGUUUAUGUGUUUUCUUGGUAGUGUCUAUUUACAAAGGUGUAAAAAAAACAAACCCAAAAUGUUUAAGUAUUAAAUCCUUUUACCUAGCAUUCUAGAAAUAUUAAUUUACUUGAAAAGAUGUAGAAUGUAGCCAAUUCUGUAAAGCAUGUGUAUUCCGUGUUAUGUAGUUUGAUCCUUGUGAAGUCUUUUGUCAUGUAGCUUUUAGAAUGUAGCUGUGAAAAUUACCAGAACUCUUCAACGAAGCUAAUGUUUGGAAAAAAUAUAUACUUGAAGAACCAAUCCAAGUGUGUCCCCACCCCCAGCUCAGAAGUAGAAGGGUUUAAGUUUGCUUGUAUUCGCUGUGCCUUCAUUAUUUUGCUAUGUAAAUGUGACAUAUUAAAUAAAAAAUGGUGCAUAUUCAAAUUUUACUGCUUGAGGAUAGACUGACAUACAGUUAAGGAUUUUUAGGAAGGACACAUUUAAUGUAAAGACUUUUAGCUUCUUUGUGGGUUUUGAAUUUUGUGUGACUCCGUGAUCUACGAAGAAACAAGCAUAAAGUUGUUUACCACUGUAGUGUUAAUAAAACUAUUUUCAAAAAACAAAA